AUGAUUUCAGUGCACCAACAAUGUCUGGAUGCUUUGCAAGUCAUCGACGAGGAACUACUAGAUCCAGUGAAUCGCUUUCAAUUGAGAAGCCUGUUGCCAUCCUAUUUAUUUCCACAAGUUGACCAAAUUCUGGCAGAAGUCCGUGGCCAAUCCCAUAUUUACGGGCCGGUGACUAGUUCUCGAAUGAUUUUUCUCAUUGAUACAAGUGGUUCGAUGAGUACUGAAUUUCAAACGGGCUGCCGACAAUAUUUUAAUCGUCUGGAAUUUAUUGUUCACGAUCUGCAUAAAAUUCUUCAUCACCGUAUAUUAGCUCAAUUCAGAUUCAAUACCAUCCAUUUUGGUACACAUGUUCACAGUUGGAAACAUGGACUGACAUCAGCGACGUCCUCUCAUCUAAAACAAGCAGAGCAUUAUUUCGAUCAUUUGGAUGCGCAUGGACAAACGAAUACGUACGAUGCAUUGAAACAGGCACUCAGAGAUGAAGAAGCAAAUACAAUUUAUUUAUUUUCCGAUGCUGAACCAUCAAUGGAUACAAGAACGAUUUUACUUGAUCUAAAAGUAUGGCUAUGUCAGCGACGAAAUCCAUGCGUUAUACAUACAGCUGUUUUUAUCAUGGGACAUACAGAUGAUGAUCCAAAACCAAGAGAAUUUAUGGGUCAGAUUGCAGCCAUAUCAGGCGGCGUGUUCAGAUGUUUGGAUCCAUUUACUUCAGUACACCAAAGAUUUGGUAUUGAUUCAUACAGUGACACUCCAAAUUUGAAUGACGAUGACUUUUUGUUGCAAAGUGUUGGUUUCGACUACCGACAACCGUAUUCUUCUCCCGGAAUGUUCACAACGAAUCAGUGUCAUCAAAAAUUAACUUCUCCCGAUUUCAAAUCUCCACUUAAAUUCCGUACUCGCCUGCAAAACGAUAUUGAUAUUCCAUCGUUUCAUCAUGAGCGUGGUCAUAAUCGUUUUCAAAUUCGUUUAAAUAUCCAACAAAUUAUCCCUGGACAAAAUGGUCAAUGUUCAGUCUCACAUACAUUCGAUGAAUUCAAGCAACUUUAUCAUCAGCUGCAAAAACGAUGCACCGUACCGACGUUUCCCUCCAGUCAUCACUCUCUAUUUCACAUAGGCAAUCAAAUUCACGAACAGCAUCGACAAGCCCUCGAAACUUAUAUCAAAGAAUUGUAUGAUUACGUCAGUCAUCAGGAACAUCCUGAAUUUGAUUUAUUCCUAUUAAUGGAACUGCACGCGAAUCAAAUAGUACAACAAGCUGUAAUCGAAUGGAGAACACGUAGACCACACUCAGUGAGAUCACCUGAUGAAAAAUCACCACCACCACCAUCUUACGAUUCUCAAUGA